GGUACAUCCGUGAUAAAUGGCUCAUUCAAGCAUUAUUUUACGGCAGCUUUGAAAAUGAACUCCAGUCAGGGACCCGUGCGAUCAAAGAAAGAGUUUCCAAACAAAUCUCUUCUGCUGGCUACGUGUGCUGCGUGUAUAGGAGGAAGCUUUCAGUAUGGAUAUAACGUAUCAGUCAUCAAUGCACCCACAACGUAUGUGCAUGAUUUCAUCAACCAAACCUGGAGGGAGCGUUACCAGGCAGACAUAUCAGAAGAUGGUCUCACGCUGCUUUGGUCCGUUGUUGUGUCAAUAUUCACCAUAGGAGGAUUUUUAGGAGCAUCGAUUGGCGGGACGUUAUCUGUGAAGCUGGGCAGGAAAGGGACACUGUUGGCUAAUAAUAUAUUUGCGCUAAUGGCUGCUGUGCUGAUGGGUCUGAGCUACCCAGCAGGAUUUUUUGAAUUGCUCAUCAUUGGACGUCUUUUCUCUGGAAUAAACGCAGGCAUUAGCCUUUGUGUUCAACCUCUGUAUUUGGGAGAAAUAGCUCCAACUAAGCUCCGUGGUGCCAUGGGAAUGGGAACCUCUGUUUUCAUCACCGGUGGGCUCUUGACCGGACAAGUGAUCGGCCUCAAAGAGCUCCUGGGCAAGGAAGAGCACUGGCCCAUCCUGCUGUCCACCACAUGCAUCCCAGCGUUCCUGCAGCUCCUCGUCCUGCCCUGGUUCCCGGAGAGUCCACGCUACCUGCUCAUCGACAGAGGAGACGACAAAGGAUGCAAGAAAGCCCUGAAGCAACUGCACGGCGCCAGCUGUGAUGCCGAGUGGGAGGACAUCGAGAAGGAGAGGAAUAAUUCAGUAGGUUUCCAGGCCAUGAAACCCUGGGAGCUCUUAGCUGAUCGCAGUCUCCGCUGGCAGCUCCUCACCAUCGUACUGCUCAACACUGCGCAACAGCUGAACGGCAUCAAUGCUAUUUACUUCUACGCAGAUUACCUGUUCAAACAAUCUGGCAUUCCCAUUGAUAAAAUCCCAUAUGUGACCGUUGGCACUGGUGCCUGUGAAUGCAUCACGGCUUUAACUUGUGGUAUGCUCAUUGAAUACUUGGGGAGGAAAGCGCUCAUCAUGGGAGGAUACACGCUGAUGAGUAUCUGCUGCGUGUUAUUCACACUUACGCUCACUUUUCAGAACGCCAGCCCUGUAUUUCCGUACUUGAGCAUGGUGUGUGUGUUUGCUUUUAUCCUGAGUUUUGGCUUAGGACCAGGUGGCGUGACCAACAUCUUGACCACUGAGCUAUUCACGCAGGCCACACGUCCCGCAGCGUACAUGAUCGCAGGCUCAGUGAACUGGCUCAGCUUCUUCCUCAUCAGCCUGGUCUUCCCUUUCAUUGUGAUCGGGCUGCAGCAGUACUGUUUCCUGGUGUUCUUGGUCAUCUGCUGCUUAAUGGUGACGUACAUUUUCCUCGUGAUUCCCGAGACCAAGAACAAAACCUUCCUGGAAAUCCAGAAUGAGUUCCGCUCCUCCAACAACAGAAAGGCCUGCCGGGCUGAUGGAGCAGGGACGACACUGUUAUCGACUUCCAUAUGAAAUUUAACCCAUGACUCAGGCCUUGAGCAUGUGAAGCUUUACAAUAUUUAUAUCUCAUGUCUAGUGUGUAUUAGCCAAAAGGCGUUAUAGUCCCAACACACAACAUAAUAGAUCACUAAAAUGUAGCAUGAUAUUGAAUGAUACUGUAAAUUAUGGUGCUUUCCUUCAUAUUCAGAGAUGUCCUCAUAGUUACAUCUCAAUAUCCUCAUUACCCUACAAACAUGAACUGAAGUGACCUUAAU